CUCAACCAAAGGACCUUUGACGUGUUAAUUCACGACUCAUGCGUUCUGAGACAUCAUUAAUUCACAUGAAGAACUCUUCUCCUGAGCAAACUGCGGCGCAGAACCCUUUCCUCUGAUUCCGAUCAAUCCCUGUAGCCUUCGGAAGGUGGGGCACAGGGAGCUGCAAGGAGGAUAUCCGGGGACUCGGUAGCCCCUGAAAUAGGCGCGGGUCUUCGCAAAUCCGGAGAUCAUGAACAAAGAAAGGAGAGGCUUUUGAGUUUGGUAAACCCGGUUACAUUGUCUCAACAAGGCAAGUCAAUCAUGAACCCUUUCUUUCUGACUCUGUAGAUGCUGAGUCGAUUGAAUAGAGCUGACACUGAUCGUCGCUGAUUGGCCUUUCGGGAACCGGGACCCUCCUCCCGAGACUACGGUUCAACAUCGCCAUGAACGAUGAACAUUCCUCUUCUCAGCGAAGAAACUUCAGGCGUAAUAUGAAACGCACGGUUCGUUGCCACGUUUUGACGCAAUGUGAUCAUCCUGAUUUACAGGUUUUAUUAAGACUUCUCAAGUGAUCUUCAGUGAAGAAAUGACUCGAGUCGGCAGCUGAGAGGCCGAUUUCUACACCAAACCCUUGGCGAAUGUCGAUCGUCUUCUAGCGCAGAAUACUACUGCAAGCCUCAUCCGCCUCUAAUUCCCAUGACAUCCUCUCCUGGGCGCGGAUCUGUGCCUCUUAUCACCGGAACGAUGCUGCAAGAUAGAGUUGUGAUUGGCGAUGGACCCUCGGAGAGACGUACAUGAUCCAUGCAAGUGGCUACGUGCUUUCCAGGCAUUAACUUGGCUUUAAAGGCUUCCCCUCCCCUUGGGUCGUGACCCCUAUGCAUGUGUUGGUUUUUCGUAUCGCUUUUUGUUUCUGCAGCCAUGGGUAGUGCUACCUCCUUCGCCGCUGAGGCGUUUACACUGCUCUCUAUUGGCAUUUUGGUCAUUGGCCUACGAACGUUUGCGAGGAUACGACAAGUCGGUGUGAGGAACUUUGAGGCCGAUGAUUACCUGAUGCUGGUGGCGAUUAUUCCGUAUACGAUCGAGACGGCGCUUGCGUAUACUGUUGGAGCAAAGUUUCACGGGUUGACCAACAGUGGGAUGACGGAUGAGGAGCGCAAGGCUCUGUCACCGAAUAGUGAAGAAUAUGGAUGGAGGGUUGGCGGCUCAAAGAUCCAGAUCGCUGGUUGGAUCAUGUACGCAACAGUGCUUUGGGUCAUCAAGAGUGCGCUCUGUGCUUUCUACUUCCGACUCACGGCUGGUCUCACCGGAUACAAAACUCGAAUCUACAUCGGCUUUGGCUUCAUUGCCUCGACAUACAUCGCCAUUGUAUGCUGUAUUCUCUUCAGCUGCCAACCAUUUAACCGCUUUUGGCAGAUCUACCCCGACCCAGGCAACUUUUGCCACCCCGCGUUGUCCAAGCUUUACAUCUUCAUCAUCGUCAGCCUCAACAUCAUAACUGACGUUUACUUGCUCGCUAUCCCCAUUCCGAUGCUUUGGGGCGCCCGCAUUCCCAAGGUGAAGAAGUACGGAUUGCUUGUGCUUUUCUCUGGCGCCGUAUUUGUGAUGGUCGCUGGCCUACUACGAUGUAUCCUCAUCCUCAAGAACCCCAAAACAGGACCCGAGGAAGGUGCUUCAUGGGCCGUCCGAGAAUCUUUCGUCGCCGUCGUAACGGCUAAUCUCCCCAGCACAUGGGGAUGGAUGCGCCAAAAGCUCAAACCUAUCUUCGGCUCGCUCCUCUCAUCCAACAAUGUCAGCUCGAAAUACAAGGGCGGUCCCGAACCCGGAAGUAUCAUGCUCGCCGACGGAAACGGAUCAAACUGGAAGAGAAGUAACGGAAGGUCUAUCAGAUCAACGACUGGGCUUGGAAGUGUGAAUGAUCGGAAUGUUUACAUUCAUGGAGGAGGUGGCGAGGCUAGUUCGGAUGAGAUUAUCCCUUCGAUGCCGGGGAUUACGAAGGAGGUUGAGUUUACAGUUGAGGAGUCGGAUGCCAGAAAAUGAUGAUUGAGGAGAUGGGAUUUGAUUUAGAUAUGUUAUAUACCCUGUCAUGAAAUGACCCAAUAUGCAAUGGACAAGAUUUCACUGGUUCAAUCCUCCCUUUGAUGACUUGGCCUGCCCUGGUAUCUCGACUAAUGCCGUUUAGGAUGGUCUUGACAGGCACUGAUACCAUUUUCUAUUUGAAAACAUGAGUCUGCAACUGCUUGCCAUUUUCAUCAUACCUCUUCGGAAUGACGUUCAAAAUACCAUCAACGUCCCUCGGCUCAUAAUCCAACAUCGAGGCAGCCAAAACCAUGAUAUCCAUUCCAAAGUUCUCCUUGAUCCAAUGCGCAAACAUGUCCAUUCCGGCAACUGCACCGCCCGCAGUCCAAAUGUUCCCUUCGACAAUCCAUUUCUUCUCAUCAGUCCACUUGACGUUCGGAAAUUUCUGUCUGAGAGGCUGAAUAGCACCGUGGUUGACUGUCGCAUUCUUGCCGUCAAGUACACCCGCUGCCGCAGCGACGCUGGCUCCAGUGCAAGUGGUGAAGAGAAGCUUUCCAGCUGCGACGUGCUUUUGGAUGAACUCGGCGUACUUGGGAUGAAGCUCAAAGUUCAUGGGAUCCGGACCCCCGAGGAGAAGGAUGUCAAGUUCGGGGCAUUCGUCCACGGUUGUAGUCGGGACAAUCGGAAUGUUACUUGUUUCAAGAACAAAAGUUUCGCGAGUGAUGCCGAUGUGAUGAAAGACGAACUCUGGGGCGCGAGAGAUUGUGUCUUGGUCGACCUUCAAAUGGCCAGAUAGGGUUUGGAUGUAUGGCUUGGUGGCAGAGUUGAGGAGGUCUGUUGGGCCCAAGACAUCUAUAGCUUGAUAGUCGUAGACAAGUGCACCUAAGUGGAGGGGAGCCAUUUUGCCAGAUUGGCUGGAAUGAAUUUAGAGUGAUGACGGAUGAUGAGGGUGCUUGAUGGUGUCAUCCAAAGCCAAUGGUUGUGCUUUUACGACCCUUUUAUAGUGACAGCACCUCAUUGUUGUGUACAGAAAAAAAAAAUCGAACUGAAACAUGUAACUUCCGAUGGCCAUCGCAUGGAGUUCCACCAGUUUGUGAUAUAUCCGAGCUGGAGUGGAUGUUAGACGAUCAUGGUGGAGUUUU